AUGUGGAAAGUAUUUUUCAUUGUGAUCCUCUGUGUUUCAAUGGUGUCAGCAUCGUGCCCGAAGGACUGCCGGUGUCCCCCCGACACCCCUAGGUGUGCAGUAGGAGUCAGUCUCAUGCUGGAUGGCUGCGGAUGCUGUAAAGUUUGCACACAGCAGCUUUUUGAAGACUGCAGCAGGACACGGCCAUGUGAUCACACUAAGGGACUGGAGUGCAACUUUGGAUGGGGGUAUAGCUCUGCUAAGGGAAUCUGUCGAGCCAAAUCAGAUGGAAGAACAUGCGAGUACAACAAAAACAUUUACCAAAACGGGGAAAUCUUUCGUCCAAACUGCAAACACCAGUGCACUUGCAUGGACGGUGCUGUUGGAUGCGUCUCCCUCUGCCCCCAUCAGCUCACGCUGCACAAACUGGGCUGUGAUAAGCCCGUGCGGGUCAAGGUACGGGGACGAUGCUGUGAGCAACUCGUCUGCCUCGAGGAGGCAAAGACAGAGAAGGAAAGACACAGAAAAGAACACAGCAAAGACAGACCGUCUGAAGACGACCUUGCCAACAGGAAUGAGUUGGAUCCCGCGUGGCGAGGAGAAUCAAAUUCUUUACCGGCUUUUAGGGGUCACCCAACAGGCCACAUGUUGGUCAGAGGAGUCAAGUGUGUGUCUCUAACCACAGCUUGGUCACCCUGUUCCAAAUCCUGUGGCACUGGAGUGUCCACCAGGGAGACCAACAGCAACACCCAGUGCAAACUGGUGAAAGAGACUCGGAUCUGUGAAGUCCGCCCUUGCAAAAUGACCAUUACCAAAUUGAAGAAAGGUCAGAAACGUAACCACACAGAAAAGGCCAGCCGUCCAGUUAAACUGUCCUACGCAGGCUGCCGUAGCGUGAAAAAGUUCCAGCCGAGGUACUGUGGGUCCUGCUCGGAUGGGCGAUGCUGCAGGCCUCACCGAACCCAGACGUCACCUGUCCACUUUCGCUGCAAACAUGGGGAGAUCAUCAGAAGGAUGGUGAUGGUGAUUCAGUCCUGCAAAUGUGACCUAAACUGCUCCGGCAGCAACGAAAGGACACCUGCUUAUAAUGAUAUCAACAAACUGAAAAUGUAA